AUGACAGCAUCAUCUGCAUCUCUAAUGCAUCAAGAAUUUGUCCCCAACAGUCAAGACCCAAACUCUCGUCGACAACCAUCCCAGCAACCACAAUUGAAUACUAAGAAUGCUUUAAGUCUAAACCUUGAAAACACAUCAAAGCCAAACGGUGCUGCCCCAGUACCCAAUACUCCUGUUAUAUUUAGAACCAAUUCCCUUCGCCAGGAUCAAUUGCUGGACAAUCCAAUCGAAACAGGUUUUAGUAACGGUGGUGUAGGUGGUGGUGGUGGUGCUCACACGACAACAAACCCCACUCCGAUCCAUACAAUAAAUGAACACCAUUUUGUCUCCAAAUCCAACCAUGUUGAACGUGUCAAGAGUAAUGAUUCUUAUUCCCAACCAAUCUCCCCUAGACAAAUGUCCACUGAUGAUUUGAAGCACGGUUUGAUUUAUAAAGUCGGCCCAACGGGUGGGAUUGUGAUUCCUAAAAAAUCAUCUGUUUCAUCAUCCAGAAAAAGUUCAACUUCCUCAUUAAUAGAUCACAAUAGUCAUAAUUGCCAACCACAUUUUGUUGGUAAUGAAACCAUUCCAGAAUUGAAGGUUGUUCCUCCGAUGGCAACUACCGAUAAUUAUCCUGACCUUGGCUCAAGAUCCCGGCUACUUAAAUUUUCUACAACAUCUGGUAUUUCAUCUCCUACUACUCCAUUAACAAGAUCCACAAGCAAUAAUACAAAUUAUUUCCCUAAUAAAUCAUACCAAUCAUCCCCAGUUAUAGAGACCAACCAUAUUUUAUUGGAGUAUGAUCCGAUCACUAGGAGAAAGGUUUUAAAUACUUAUGAAAUUUUAAGGGAAAUUGGCAGAGGUGAACACGGUAAAGUGAAACUAGCACGAGAUUUGAUACGAAACGAAUUGGUUGCAAUCAAGAUUGUCAAUAGAAAGUCACGAAAGGAAAGACCAGCAUUGCGUUUACGAAAAGAUUCCACUGGUCCAGUUGUAAAUGAAUAUGAAUUGAAAAUUAAACGAGAAAUUGCCAUCAUGAAAAAAUGUCAUCAUAAACACGUUGUUGCAUUGAAAGAAGUUUUGGACGAUGUAAACUCCUUAAAGAUCUAUCUUGUUUUGGAAUAUAUGGAAAAGGGAGAAAUCAAAUGGAAGAAAUCAUCCUCUGAUAAAAAGGAGUCUACAGUGGAUAAUAAAUGCUAUGACAUUGAUGACAAUGAAAUCCCAUGCUGUGGAAGUAGGAUAAACAAACAACCACAAAAACAUCAUAGUUUCGCCAAUGAAACCGAUUUGUUAUCUGACGAGUUUUCUCCAAAUUUAACAUUCAAGCAAUCAAGAAAAAUAUUCCGCGAUGUUUUGUUAGGCUUGGAAUAUUUACAUAUGCAAGGAAUUGUGCACCGUGAUAUUAAACCGGCAAACUUGUUGGUGUCUGCCGAUAAUGUGGUCAAAAUUAGUGAUUUCGGUGUGUCAUUUGCAUCUUCCUUGGCCGAAAAUGAAGAAGGACAUUUGGUUAAUGAAUUAGAUUUAGCAAAAACUGCAGGCACCCCAGCAUUUUUUGCUCCUGAGUUAUGUCAAUUUAAUCCCGAUGAAUCGGUUGCAGCUCCAGGUGAACGACGUAUGUCUAGUAAUGGGUCGGCAAGACCUCCAAAAGUUGACUACAAAAUUGAUAUUUGGGCUCUUGGUGUCACAUUGUAUUGCCUAUUAUUUGGCAAAGUCCCAUUCAAUGCAGAAACUGAAUACGAUCUAUUCCAAGUUAUUGUCAGUCAACCUUUAGAAUUUCCCAAAGAUAUUGAAUCAUUUAAAUCACCUGGUGUGGUUUCUGAAGAUGAAUUCAAAUUAGCGAAAGAUUUAUUAUGCCGAAUGUUGGAUAAGAACAGAAAAUCAAGAAUUGAAAUUGCUGACAUUAAAGUACACCCAUUUACUUUGAUGGAUUUGGAUGAUAAUAUUGAAGCUAUGAAUGAAUUAUUUUACCAUAAUGGAACUGCCAAGGAACCGUUGAAUUUCAACUUAGAAGAACACGACAUUCUGCAAGCAGAAAUCGAUAAUGCAAUUAUUGGAAUUGGUACCAGAUUCAAAAGAAGUUUGGUUAAAGCAAUUCGUGCCGGUGGGUUAAAAGAUGGUGAAAUAAGAGAUAAAUUUGCUUCGUUACAUCUUGAACACUCAAAGAGUGAAAACAGCGAAGAAUCAUCUAGUGGGUACUCCAAUUUCAACUCAAGUACCAAACUUGCCGGAUAUAAUAAUUACAAUAACAAUUCGAUGAUUUUAUCAGAAGGUUUGCCAAUAUCAGGUGCAACACCUCCACCUCAGGUAUUUUCUUCUAAAAUGUCGUCCUUGAUGCAGUUCAAACAAGGAAACGGAAUUCACGACAACAAAACCAACCCUCAUUUCCCUUCAGCAUUGUCUAAUCAAUUACCAAACUCAUCAACUUCUUCAUCGUCGGCUUCAGCAGUAUUUCCAAAUAAUCAAUUUUCCGUUGCAGGCAAUCGAGAACCAACUACCAACACCACUACUACUACAACUGCUGCUGCGGUGGUUGCACCCGUUGCUGCUGCUGCUACUGCUGCUGGGAAGAGUUUUUUGCAAGAUAUGAUUGAAAGUCAUAGUAAUUCCUCUAGUAGAAGAGGUAGUUCAGCUGGUAUAUCUGUAUCAGAAGCACCACAGAUUGAAACAAAGAGAAAUGUUGGUGGCGACUUGUAUUUAAUUAACCAAUCUGCGGUUGAAACCAUCAAGGGACUCAAACUUGAGGAUGACAAGAGAAGAAGAUCUAGUCUUUUUUCACUUCAUGGAUCGCAACCACAAGCUGUAUCUGCUAAAAGUUCAUUAUCCUACGAGUCGACGACAUCGCCAUACCAACAUCAACACUCACAUGUACAGAAUUACACAAACAUUGCUGCUCCAAUUCCUGUACCUGCGGCUUCAAAACCUGCUACUAACAAGAGUAAUCAAAUGUUUGGUGACUAUCUUCUUCAUAAUCAAGAGACAGAUAGUAAACCAUCUUUGAAGAUUGGUCCAAUUGGUGGUAUUUCAAGUGAUGAAAAAGGGCUUCCAGAUGACUCCAUUAUGUCUUUACCUUUGAGUGAAAGUUUUGCAUCUUUGGAUAGUAUCAAUGAUGACUAUUUGACUAUGAAGUAUCAAGAAUACACCAAAUGCAGAAAUGAUCAUACCAAAUCAGAAAUGAAAGGUACAAAAGACGAAGGUGUACAGAUUCCUCAACAACUAAGACGUAAAUCGAGUUUGUCCGAGUCCGACAUUCCUCGUUUGGAAGAACAUUUCAAAUAUAACAAUGCUGGUGAUGGUACAAACACAAUUACAGAAAAGUUUAAAGCUUUCAAUUUAGGGAAUCUGAUGAAGUCUGGUAUUAGAGGAGCUAAUUUUACCGUUAAUGAUACCCAUAAGAGUAAUACUCACUCUAAUGCUAAUACUGGUGGUUUGUCUUCGGAUGAAGAUCCAAUUGCUCCUGUAAUAAUGAAUAGAUAUUCAAGCAGCGAUUCCUACUCGUCAUAUUCCUCAAGUUCUAGUUCAGAUGAAGAAGAUGAAGAGUCGGAUGAAGAGAAUUUGACUCUUGCUUUCCAGUCUAAAGUUGCACCUAUCUCAAGAGCCAACUUUUUAUCAUUAACAGGGCGAGCAAAAUCCCACGAUUCCAAUUUACCAACAUUAGGAUCAACUAGCAAUAAUAAUAACAACCAUAAUAAUAAUAGUAGCAAUAAUGGCAGUGGUUCAAAUAAUAGUUCAAACUAUGGAUUCCAGACGCCAAUUAUUUUCCAUGAUGGGUUACCUGAAUUUGAAGAUGUUCCUGAUGGUUUAAUUGGUGAAGAUAGCGGUGAUAAUACAUCCGGGUAUGGUUAUUACGAUAAUAGUUCAUUCCCAGCUAUUAUUUCAACCAAUGUGUCGACAGCAACCUUGACAAAUGAUCUGAACAGGAACACAUCAAUGGAUACCAACCUGGGCAUGCCUGUUUCAUUACAGGAUAGUACAGUUAAGAUAUCAUCUCCAUUAAAUCCAAAAACAACAGCAUCAACUGCUACUAUAAGACCACCAGUUGUGAAAGAAAGAAAGAAAUCGUUGAGGCAGAACAUUUGCAACAAUCAAUUCAAUAAUCAUUACAAGAAAGGUCCGGUUUAUUCACCUUUCCCAAAUGCUAAACAUUUAGAUAAUGAUGAAGAACUAAUUGUUAAGGAAUCAGAGAAUAAGUUCUUACUGAAUCGUCCGUCUUUCUUCAGAUCCAAUUCUGUUACAGUUGGUUUGUUACAGCGCCACAAUGAUGGUGGUGAUAAUAUUGGUUGUUCAUCAUCUACUACUAAUGAAGAUAAAAAAGCACAACCACUGAAAUCAUAA